GUGAGGUUGGUGUGAAUUCGAUAUUUUGGGAACCCGUUUUAGCUUCGAGUUUGAAAUUAUGGAGCGUUGGAAUGGGCGUGUGGCCGUAGUGACGGGUGCUAGUUCCGGAAUUGGUGCUGCCAUCGCAAAGGAUCUGGCCAAAGCUGGUUUGGUGACCAUCGGUUUGGCGCGGCGUGUCGAGCGAGUUGAGGAAUUGCGAAAGGAUCUCCCGGAACAGGCCGCCAAGAGGCUGCACGCGAUCAAGUGUGAUGUGUCGAAUGAAGCGGAUAUCGAUGCCGUGUUCAAACAGGUGGAGGAGCAGUUUGGCGGAUGUGAUGUGCUGAUCAACAAUGCCGGAAUUCUUCGAACGAAACCCCUGCUGGAGUUGGGCACGACGGCCGACAUUAAGGCGGUACUGGACACGAACGUGACCGGGCUGGUCCUCUGCAGCCAGCGAGCUUAUCAAUCGAUGGUGAAGCGAUCGGUCGAUGGGCAUAUCGUGCACAUUAGCAGCAUUGCGGGACACGGGGUGCCGAAUGUUCCCAACAUGAAUGUCUAUCCAGCGUCGAAGCACGCCGUCAGGGCCAUCACGGAGACGAUGCGCCAAGAGAUGCGCAAUGCUGGCAAGAAGAUCAAAGUGACGAGUGUUAGCCCAGGUGGAGUGAGAACGGAAAUCUUGGAUGGAAUGGACCUGCCAGCCGAUAUGAGUCUGCUCCAGUCUGAGGAUAUUUCGGCUGCCGUACUGUACGCACUGGGAACACCACCGCAUGUUCAAGUACAUGAACUCAUUAUUAAACCCGUUGGCGAAAUGUAUUAAUUCAUCGGAGCUCACAUUGUAACACUCGAAUGUUGUAUUUCUCGAGAAUGCUUCGUGUAAGAUCAUAGAAACAUGUAUUUUCUUUUUGUUUUGUGAAAAUAGUUAACCAAUAAAAAGCAUCUUAUCACAUCUUAG